GCUCGCGAGAGCCAGAGGCUCCGCCUCCCCGGUGACGUCUCGGUCCGGCCGCUACGGGAAUCCGGAGAGGAGUAAGAGGAGGGAAGAUGGCAGCGGCAGGCGGGCGGCUGCUGGCGGCGGCUGCGGCUUAUUCAGGGCGGGCGGCUUGGGGUGGGCCGCGCCGCUCCCCGGCCGUGCCUUUUCUGCCCUCCCGGAGCGCUACCGUCACCCGCAGCGGUGCCAUUUUGCCCAAGCCGGUUAAGACACCCUUUGGCCUCCUCAGAGUGUUCAGCGUGGUGAUCCCCUUCCUGUACGUCGGGACUCAGAUCAGCAAGAACUUCGCAGCCCUACUUGAAGAACAUGAUAUCUUUGUCCCAGAGGAUGACGACGACGAUGAUUAAAGGAACUGUAACAGAAGAACAAGAGGGAGAAAACCAUUGACAAAUGGUUCCAAGAUCUGUCACCUCUGUUCUGUCCUUCCUGAAUGCGACCGGGGGCUCUGUAUCCCCUUUGCCAGUGAGUGUCCUGCGCAUGUCUGCAUGGCAGAAAUCAGUAGAUCAAGGCUGAAGGAAGUGCUUGACAGGCCCUGCAUCCUUGCACACACACGUGUUCACCUCAUCAAAGACUGCUUGGGAUUCCUUUUAUUGGCCAGAUGGGAAACACUUGAUUAAAGAUGAAGCGAUUGAGAUGGA